AUGUCGACCCAUUCACUUCGCGAGCAAACGUCGAAGGAGAUCGACGUCGCUCCGUCGACUUCUGGUACCCAGGGCCGCCCGCUGUCCAGAGCGAGCUCUGGUAGACGCAGUCGACUCAACCAAGAGCCGGUGAAAGCUCCUUGGGGUCUGCGAUGGCGGGCUUCGGUCUGGUUCAUCACGCUUGUUGUCGGCCUCGGCGUUUCGACCGAUCUCGUCGUGUACUCCAUCCUCAUUCCCGUCUUCCCGUUCAAGCUUGAGGAAGAGGGCUAUUCAGGUGUAUCGGCCCUUGUUGGUUACCUCUUGUUCGCCUACUCGGGAGGUCUUGUCAUCUCUACGCCACCUAUCGCUUGGGCGUCAGAGCGAUACAAGUCCAGGCAGAUACCUCUCAUUGCAGGACUGCUGGCAUUGGCCGGAAGUCAGAUCAUGUUGAUGGAGGCUCCGAGCUACUGGGUUAUGGCACUAGCGCGUGCCUUGCAGGGUAUCAGUUCGUCGGUCGUCUGGAUCGUGGCUUUGGCUCUGCUUUGUGAUACUGCGCCUGAGAAAUAUGUUGGACGCCAACUCGGAAUGGCAAUGACCGGCAUGACCCUAGGGAUGCUCAUUGGACCACCCGUCGGCGGAGCGCUUUUCAACCGCUUUGGAUUCAGAGGACCGUGCAUCUUCGGUGUUAUCAUCACGAUGAUUGACCUGGUUGGCCGUCUGCUCAUCAUCGAACGGAAGGAUGCCAUCCGCUACGGCUUCGACCCUGCUCUUGUGUUAGAAGAGCAAGAUGCUGAGAAAUCCGAAAACGACGCACCUGCUAUCGAUGACGCCCAAGGUUCCGUCAACGAUACUCGGGAGAGGGUGUCAUCUUCGCCUUUGGCUGUCAUCGUGAAGCUGGCAAAGUCACCUCGUGCGUUGACGGCGUUAUUCUGUACCUUCAUCUGGGGUGCGGUCUAUGCGGGACAAGAGCCUGCGGUCACUCUUCACCUUCAGGACACCUGGGGCCUGAACUCCUCCGAGGUCGGGCUGGUCUUCAUCGCUGCCGUCGUACCCUCGAUCUUCUCGUCGCCCGUGGCCGGAUGGUGGGGUGAUCGUAGUGGAGCUGAAUGGCCUAUGCUAUUCUGUCUCUUCGCGUCAUUGCCUUGGUGGGGUCUGGCAAUCAUUCAGACCAGCUUGCCUUUCUUCAUCGCGUGCUUUGCGCUGGAAAACUUCUUCACGGCUGCUAUCGUUGCUCCUCUGAUGAGUGAACUCGCUGCAGUAGCGCGUGGGAUACCGGGUCUGGGAUAUGCCCAUGUCUACGGAGCCUUCAACCUGAUCUUCGGUGUAGGAUCAGCCGUCGGCCCUCUCAUCACUGGACAGAUGUACAAACACCUUAAACAAGGGUGGCUAGCGCUGAGCGCCUUCUCUGUGGCGAUGCUUGCGAUCUCCGUCGUGCUAUCGUUCCUCUACAUCGGCGAGCGUCCGAUAUACGAUAGAAUGAUGGAGAAGAUCAGGGGAGAAGGGACUAUCACUCUAACGCCGGAGGUGGCACAGGGCGCGCAGGAGAACACCACCACGGGGGAACACGCCUAG